CAUGAGCCGUUCUUUUGUAUACUAGUCGGAGCACGACGCACCUGACAGUAUUCAGUAGUUUGUAGGCUGCACGUGUUCGUCGCCGUCGCCGUCGCCGCCCCGUGGCCGCUCUGGGCCAGUGUGUGCUUCAGGUGCCCGAGCUUUGCUCAUGGGAGGCGCCUCCCCGAGAGCGGGCCAUGGGCUGUGCUCUCCGCCGCCGUCGUGCCGCGGCGUCUGCGGGCGGUGAAGGUGGCUGCGGCGCGGAGGGCCCCAGCGCGUCCUUGUAUGCCACGCCUGAGAUGCUCCGUCUGCUGGCCAGCGCGCCGAUGGCCUCCGCGUUCGAGCAGGACGUCCGGGAGCUGGAGCGCGAGUUCGGCGUCCGGGUGCUCCGCGGCGCCUGCUCGCUGCUGUGGAGGGGGGCGGUCGGGAGGCACGCGCGCGCGCUCGGCGAACCCUGCGGGACGUGCUGCGCUUCUACUUCCCGGAGGCGCCGCCUCCGCCGGCCGCUGCACCCC